UUACAUUUUAUCUUGAAAUGGAACAGACAAACCUACCGGUCAAUGCAAGCUGGUUCGGAUUGAAGGACGGAGAGAGUGAUAUUAUAGAUGCAGACUUAUUGGUGAAUCUUCUUGAGACUUAUAGGUUUGGUAAACAUAAUGUUCCAGCCGGAGAAUUUCGAUUUAAGUUGGCAGCGACGGCGCAGGUCAACACCACCGAGAUAGAGGUGGUAGUUGAAGAUGACGACGAUGGAUCUCAAGGAAACAAGUCUGUUCCUGAAAGCACAUCAUCGGUAGUUUCCAAUUCAGAUCCUAUAAUACACGAGACUACUAUAAGCGAAACCGGUUCGAACGAAGAAAUAGGCUCAAACGAAGAAUCCGGUUCAAAUGAAGAAUCAGGUUCAAACGAAGAAAACGGUUUAUAUUGGUUAGAGUCGAACUUCAGGAACUUAGCGAAUCUAGAGGAAGAAAGGCAACAGAUCAGAGAAGAUCGUGAGAUAAGAGGACAAGAGGAAGAAGAAGAAGAAGAAAAGAGCGAGAGAUCAUCAUCGGAUUCAGAAGAAAAGUCAAACCUAAAGAAGUUGCUUGCGACACAAGACAACUAUGAGCUCUACUGUCCAAGUUGUAGCUCAUGUAUCACUAGAAAAGUGAUUCUCAAGAAAAGGAAACGUGGGAAGCAAGUUGAUUUGUCUACGGAUCUAAAACCCAAUGUACUCGUUGAUGAACCAAGCGACAUUGAAGAGAUGGAGCCACCGGCUAAGGUUCAUGUCCUCCCUGAGACUAGUAUUGAGGAUGAUGUUGAAGAAGAUAAAGAGGAGGGAAUUAUCUUCACUUGCUUGGCUUGUCUCAAGUACUUCAUCCGGUUAGGAACAAGGUUCUUACAGUUUGAUUAUUUCAGGGCAAAACCUGUUGAGGAACCAGUUGAAGUAAAUUUAGAGAUGACGAAUAGUGUUAACACCAAACAAUCACUGCCACAAAUUCAGCCGGACGGAGAAAGAUUCGCCGUUGAGUUGCUGAAGAGCACCGUCUACGGCGGUCUCACCGAGACCGUCACCAGCCUCGGCGUUGUAUCCUCCGCAGCUGCCUCUGGUUCAUCGACCGUGAAUAUAUUGGCUCUUGCUGUCGCAAAUUUGGCUGGUGGGCUCAUCGUCCUAGCUCAAAACCUUCAAGAUUUAAGAAACAGUUCAGAUCAAGGGAAAGAUCUGUACAAGGAACUGUUAGGGAGACGUGCUAAUUUCCAUAUGCAUAUCUUAGUAGCGGUCAUGUCUUACAUUUUCUUCGGCCUAAUGCCUCCAUUAGUAUAUGCUUUCUCCUUCUACGAAACCGGAAUCAAGAACUACAAGCUCAUCUCGGUUUUCUCGGUUUCUCUGGUUUGCGUGAUUUUGUUCGGUUUGAUCAAGGUCUAUGUCCGAAAACCGCCACACUCAAAAGCUUAUAUCAAAUCUGCGGCUUACUAUACGUCUAUUGUUGUUGCAUCUUCUGGUAUUUCAUACAUUGUCGGAGAUGUUAUGGGAGAGUAUAUCGGGAAGCUUAGUUGGGUUGGGUUAGACCAGGUCAAUAUAAUAACUUCAUCAUUUGAUGGAAUUAAACCGGAGGAGUUCCGGUUUACUUCCUAGGUGGGACUAAAAACCGGUUUCUUUCUGUUCUAAUCACUUACUUAAAUCUCUUUUCCUUUCUUUUUUUUGGUGUAUAUGCAAAGUGGGUUUUGUAAAGAGUUAAACAAAAGUUAAAACUUUUUUGGAAUAAUUGGGUUUUAUCUC